ACUACUGGGGGGGUUAAAAGCCUGCCCCUCUGAGGACCAAUCUCUCCAAAGCAGAAGUGGAAUUAAAGAUAAUGGUGCAACAACAAAACUUCCACGAAAAAAUCUCAGUCCCCUCAGAAGCUGAUGAAGCGCUGACAUCGCUGGCUGAUCUAUUGCAGGUUUAGCUCCAGCUCUGUCAAGAUGAUGCAGGCAGUAUGUGUGGACGCACCGGGAGGGCCAGAGAAUCUCCUGCUGCGAGCUGUCCCCAGACCCCCACCUAAAGAUGGAGAAGUCUUGAUCAAAGUUCACGCCGCGGCCCUCAACAGGGCGGACUUAUUACAGAGACGAGGCUUGUACCCUCCUCCUCCAGGUGAAAGUGACAUCAUAGGCCUGGAGGUAGCCGGUACUGUGGAUACUCUGGGCCCAGGAUUGAAAAGGGACUGGAAACUGGAUGAAAGGGUCAUGGCCUUGCUUGGUGGAGGAGGAUACGCAGAAUAUGUUUCUGUGCCUGAGGAGCUUCUCAUGCCUGUUCCCUCUAACCUCACCCUCUGCCAGGCUGCUGCAAUCCCAGAGGCCUGGCUCACUGCUUUCCAGCUGUUAGCCUGGAUAGCUCAGGUGAAGGAGGGGGAGGUAGUUCUGGUACACGCUGGAGCCAGUGGGGUCGGAACAGCUGCAGUUCAGCUGGUCCGUCUGUUUGGUGCUGUGCCCAUAAUUACAGCGGGGAGCCCCGAAAAAUUAAGAAUGGCUGAGAAACUGGGCGCAGCUGCUGGAUUCAACUACAAAAAGGAGAGCUUUGCACAGGGAGUUUGUGACUUUACAGGAGGUAAAGGAGCAAAUGUCAUCCUGGACUGCAUUGGCGGGUGUAACUGGGAGCAAAACGUGAGCUGCUUGUCAGUGGACGGCAGAUGGGUGCUGUACGGCACCAUGGGAGGCAGAACAGUAGAAGGGGAUCUGCUGGGAAAGCUGCUCUCCAAGCGAGGACACUUGCUCAGCAGCCUCCUCCGCUCUCGUACACUUCAGUACAAAUCUAACCUGAUCAGGGAUUUUUCACACAAGGUGUUGCCAUAUUUCUCAAACCAGCCUGCCUCCUUGCGACCAGUUAUUGAUCGCACCUUCAAACUGGAGGACAUCGCAGAGGCUCACCGGUACAUGGAGGCCAACAGAAACAUGGGGAAGAUUAUCAUUAAAGUGAUUCCACAGAACGAGGAAACUCACUGAUUGACACCAGCCUUUACAAAUUAGUCAGAAAAGAAAUGGACUCCUUUCGAAGUGUUAGUUUGAUGUAUGCCUAGAAAUGCAUGCAUAAUCCACUAAUAAAAUGGUCCCAAAA